AUGUCCGCAAUUUCGCCACAUUUAAGUGCUUAUCAUGCUGCAGCAAACAUUGACCUGGACUGUAUUGAUGAAAUUACAAUCACUGAAAUAAUUCCACUUCUUUAUUUCACAGUCGAGGACAUUGAGCUACUUAUCCUUGACAAAAUAUCCGAUUAUAAUCUUCUUAAAAAAUCCACUGAACAAAUCCAACUUCUAGACACCCUGCCGCAGCCAUCCCUUCUAUCAGACGUUAUCUGUGGAUUGUCCUUGCACUGUUCUCAUGCGGCUCGCGGUCUGAUUCGUCUACUCCUUCUCAAUUUUCCUCAUCUCUGGCCGAUUUCACUUCGUUGCCUGCCGGAAUUCGUUCUCCAUCUUGCCCUCAGUUUGCAUCGAUCCGAAGGAUAUGAUUUGCUCGGAUUUUUUAGGCGCAUCCUUUUUGACGAGGGCCGUGACACCUGUGAGUGGUUCGGAAACUACGUCAAGACGCUGCCGGAUACCGAUCCGAACCUUCUAAGUGAAGUGAACAGUCGCCUCCUCUCAAUUGGCCUUUCCCUCUUGGGCGAUUCGAAGACGGCCAUUCCCAAAGAAAAACUCAUACUGGCGUUAGAGUUUUUGAGGGUUGUGGCCGCCCUCCGAGGCUUCGCCGACUUUCCUGAGGAGCAUGUCGUAAUCUGGCUGCAUCGCUUGCUUAACCGUCAGGACGUCUUCCACGCUGCCCUACGUCCUUCCAGCAGUGGUGCUGCACCACAUUCUUACUCUCAGCUCCUUCUCCUGCUGGCCUUGUUGUUUCACACCAAUCAACAGAGUGCUAUCCGCGAACUGGUUGCCGAAGUCUUGGGCGUAGAUGCGCCUUGUCUAGCACGUAAUAUCUCCGCUUCGCGCAAGCUCUUCACUCAAAAGGUCUUCACUGAGCAGCUGAUUGCCGCCCAAGCUGCCCACGUCCCCGUCACGGUCGGUCUUAACGCGCAGAUGGCUGGAUACUUACCAAUCCAUUGUGUACACCAGCUGCUCAGGUCCCACGCUUUUAGCAAAAACCGCGUGCAGAUCAAGGUACUGUGGAUAUUUUUUAAAAUUCUUCUUCUGUUGCCCUUUGAGUGUUUUCUUUUUGAUGACAAUCUUAGUGCGUCCGUUUUCUGUUUUGGUUCCCAUGGCAUUAUCUGA